ACCCAUCGUGUGUAUCAUCUAUGACGCCCUUGUGGCAGUCUGCACUGAACUUUGUGCGAGAUAAAUUGUAUUGUAUUGUCUUGACAAUUGUGCUGAUACUGAUUUAUCUGGUUUAUCAUGCGAUUUGGAUUCGUCUUAACAAUUGUAAUUUUGAUUUAUCAUGCGUUGGAGUUUUCGCCUUCUUCUUCCUCAAGUCAUCAUCAGCAUCGCCAACCUCUGCAUCUUCCUCAUCAUCUGCUCCAUUCCCCGUCGCUCACAGGGUUAUCUAUAAAAUUGUCCUCUCAACAUAAGAAAUUCCCUCAUUUCGAAAUUUCUUUUCUGUGACACCGACAUUUACUACCUUCUCUCCCACCACAUACAUAUAAUCUACUUCAUAAUCUUCUUUUCGCCUCUUGCUAGACAAAUUCACUCAUCAUUCAUUCACCCUUCAAUCUGUCUACAUUUGCUACUAGUUAAUAAGAGAAAUAUCGCGCUCCUUACUUUCUCUUCGGUCAUUCAUCUGAAGGUGGAGUCUUCUCUCUCUCCUUUGUUUUUAACUUUGCUUUUGGGUCGGUGCGAGUGCUGUCAAUCUAAGAAGAAUGGGCUUGACGAACGGGAAAAACGUGAAAACAAAUACUGGCGUACAGGAGGUGCACGCCCCUAAUGAGGCCAAAACGGGCAUGGGGAAAAAAAAAGCCGCGAAUGAGGAAGACACGGCAGCGAGUCACCUGGGGACGAAGGGCGCCGUUGAUUAUCUCCUUGGUAUAUUUAAUUUUUGUUUUGAAGCUCUGAUACUUCGAGAUACUAGACCUAAGCGCCCGGCGGCUCUCCCUCCACUAGAAUCUUCCAGCUCCACCCGCUUCGCGCACUUCGUCCACCAAGGCAGGCCUCUCCGCUCUACUGCUCUUCAGCCUGAUCACCACAGUGCCCACCCCCCGGAGCUGAUAUGCGGGACAGGGAGAGAGCGGCGGAGCCGCGUCCGCCAAGGGAAGCGGGCUGAUGUCAAACCCCGGAAAUUUCGAAGUGCUUUGAGUUUAUUCUUUGCCGAUAAAGUCGAAAACCGGUGUGACGUUUUUCAAAGGUUCAAGCUCGAAAUGCAAAAUCAAAACAACAAAUAGUUUGCAAUCUGAAAUCUUGGAUCUGACGCUCCAGGCUUUCUGUUUUGUGUUUGCUCGGGGCUUUCAGGAUAGCGCUUUAUUUUUGGCGCCCCGGAAUUUUUAGUCUCUGAAGCAGGUAUAAGAACUAAGCUGUUUUAUAUAUUUGUGGACAAAUUACAAAAGGCUUCAAAGGAGAAACUGCCGCGUUCGAAAAAAAUUCCUGGCGAGUAUUUUCGAAUAGUUCGAAUAUAGUUCCCAAGAAUUUGGAAAAAAGUCAUCAGAUUCGAAAAAAGGGGCUUUUCUUUAGAAAAAAGUCGCUUUUUUUUCGAAUAAGGCGACUUUUACUCGAAACGCCUGAGACUUCCAGUGAGUCUCUCUCGAAUUAUUCGCAAAUGUUUCGAACCGUUCGAAAAUAUUUCGAACUUUUUCGAACGAAGCAGGCCUUUGCCCGCCCUUAGGUGCUUUGGGUUAAGAAUAGUAUGAGCAUUUAUAGUAGCAAUCAGAGUUUCAAGGUUUGUAGUAGAUAUAAAGUAGCCAGCGGCCUUCUCUCUGGUUGUGGGUUCAUUUGGUGAACCGGUACCCCAUAGCGAGGAAACCUGUGCACACAACCAGAGGGCUGAGCAGUCACCGGAGGCGUUGCACAGGGCUCCGGCCUUCUUUCGAAGGUGAGGCCUGUGGGGCUGAUAGGACGACGAUAGCGCCGGCGCUUAAUUAGUGUUGGCAGAAGGGGGCCACUUGAUGGCAAUUGCCCUCUCCUCUUUUCUAUCUUCUUCGCGUCUCUCUUUUUUCUAGUUAGGUCGGCUCCGCCACAAGCGUUAGCAAAUGGCUUGAAUCUCUUAAGAGGCCUCCCUAGGGAGCUUCCUUACGGAGGUAGCUUCCUUACGGAAAUUGCUUUCCUUACAGAUAGAAUUAGAAAGCUGCCAUAACUUUUCCUUGAGAAGUAAAAACGAUCCUUAAGGAGCUUCCUUAAGGACAAGGAAGCUGGCAUGGCCUUGGGCUAAUAGUCGAGCUUCCUUGGGGCGUCUACUAGUGCUACGGCCUCAAAGCUAUAGAGAGAGCCCUAGCGGGCUCCGCUAGACAAUGCACAAGGCAGCCCAUCAAGCGAAUUGCUGACUUUUUCCCCUUGUCAGGCCUGUCGCUGUUUCUAUGAGAUCCGGCCAGGGAAUCGCCCACCUUCAGGAAAUUCCCUCCCAGCUAUAGGGCUCGCGGCUUGUUUUUUUGCGGUCUCCGGCGUCUGUCUUGUAGGAUACAUUACAACAAGGAACCAGCCACCAACUUGAAGCGCGACUUUCUGUGAGUUGCCCCUUCCGUAAAUGCAGGCGCCUUUCUCCAUGCCAUGCAUGCAUGUGCAUGGCUAUGCCAUCAGAGCCGCCACGUCGUUCACUGAAUGACCCAACGAAGGAAUCAACGAAAGGCGGCCGCGAUUGUUUGGAGGCUGGCUACUCAUAUACACCGACCACACCCGCAAAAGUAUCCGCAUUGUUUGGGCUUUUUCUACUGGGCUCCCGGGUAAAGUCUCGCGCGCGAUGGAUAACGCGCACGCCCUUGACCCAAAUCGAUAAGCCAGAAAGAGGACUGCAACAGUAACGCACUGAGUCGCCGAUCUCUCUCGGAUUCUCUUCACCCACUGAGUGCUGGCUCCAUACUAGUCUACCUCCGCGCCCCCAGAGUAUAAGAACCUGAAUCGCAACUGGCUGGCCUUGCUCGCUCCGCGUAAAAGAAUGCCAGCCACUUAGGGCGCGCCGAUCCUGACAAACGCUCCUGCGCCGGUCAAGGGCGUUGACAUUUUCCACAGCUUGGAAGUGGUGGAGAGACAAUAAAACAAGAGCAAAAGGGCUCGCCCGUCUUUUGCAGCUAGCAAGCUGCUAUCUUCGUCCCUCAGUGUCAUUGCCCUCCAAAAAUUUCAAGGAGGCCACCCGAAUACGCUUAGAAUUGAACGACGUCCUCGACAUUUGAAAAAAAAAGCUACUUCUUUUCUCUUUACAUUAUCAACCAUACCACGAAAUUAAUGCAGAAAGAGCUUGCUACUACUGCGUAGUUUAUUUCUCCAGGUGGAAGGAGAUGACUGAGAAUGAGCAUGCUGCUGCGACAUGUGCAGUGCAGCAGCCAAAAAGCAAAAAAAAAAUCUUUAAACGUUGAAAAUGAGUGCUCAUCGUAACCGCUCUCGUUCGAAGAAGUAGGCUGACAAACAAGAGCGAGAGAAAGACUAAAAUUCGUGAGAGUGAAGGUCGUCGUUACUUCGAAAGUGAAGAAAUAACGUCGUGACUGUUUCAGUUAUUCGCUUGGUUGUCAUUGAGUAGUCUGAAAGGGCAGCAUGCAUCACAAGAGUAGGAGUACUAGGAUAAACGUUGAAAUAUAUAAAAAUAAGUGCUGGGGUGGUUUUGAUAAAAGUUGCUUUUUCCCACCCUCCCACACCUAUAAGUCAAGUUGUACUCGCUUGGAACAAGUGACAGGAAACCUCUGCCCUUCAGAUCUCUGCGCGAUCUCUUUCCCUCCAUGUUGAGGCCAGCUCGUUUUAGGUUGUCGAGGAUGUUACGUCCACUGAGUUUCUUAAUGUUUUUGCAAUAUUUGGAGGAUUUGAGAGGUCGUCUGAGGUCGAUAGGGUUAACUGGGUUUGACUUUGUCGGGCCCAGUUUUGGUUUCGGGGUCAGUCUUGUCAUUUACUUUCAUCUGCGAGAAAUAAAACGCCGGCCAACUGGCUGCAGGGGCUCGGCCAUUGCGGGCAUGCCACUGCUGUGGCGGAACUACUUUUGAGUACCACUGAGGCUGAUACAUGACGAACUUACCUGCGAAGCCUGUUUCUCUUUUCUCAUAUAAUCCGUCGAACGACGCCACGGCCACCUUGAACGCGAGGGAACUGGGAAGAGGGGGCCCGCCUCUACCCUUUGGCGCGCAUGGAUGUGCCCGCCUUCAUUCCUCUCACGGACGUGAUCCCACUCAAAUCCAAAAGGGCCCACCUUCUGCGCGUAGAGGUGUCCCAGUGUGCGCUUGUCUCAUGGGCUUCACGAUGCUCAAAAGGCUCGACCUUUUGACAUGGAAGCGCUCUCUUGUUUAGUUCUCAUGAACAUGGUCACACUCUUAGAAAAUAAAGGGCCCAGCUUCUGUAGGUAGAGACGUCCAAGCCUGGCCCCUCUCAUGGACCUCAUGGCGCUCACCUGGGUCUCCCCUCUGGCAUCACGUGGAUACGCUCGCCCCCAUUCUUCUCACGGACGUGAUCACGCUCAAAGGGCUGCUCCAGCUUCUGCCCAUGCAAGUGCCUAUCCGUGGCCUUCUCGUGGGCCUCGUGAUGGAUGCCCGAGAGGCUUUGCCCCACUCAUGCCGCGGGAAAAAGGCUCUCCAUUCUUAUAAGUCUCACGAACGUGACCGCGCUCAAAAGGAUCCAGCUCUUGCGCAUAGAUGUGCCCAGGCGUGGCCGUCUCAUGGGCCUCGUGAUGGAUGGCCUUCUCGUGGGCCUCGUGAUGGAUGCUUGGGAGGCUUUACCCCAUUGAUUCAUGGCAUGGGAAUGCUCUCCAUUCUUAUAAUUCUCAGGAACGUGACCGCGCUCAAAGGCAAAAGGACCCAGCUCUUGCGCAUAGAUAUGCCCAGGCGUGGCUUUCUCAUGGGCCUCAUGAUGCUCGCCAGGCUCUACCCUUUGGCAUGGAUGUGCUCGCACGCCCUCAGUGAGUCACCCACCUCACGGACAUGGCCACACCCAACGGGGCCCAACUCUUGCGCGUAGACAUGUCUGGGCUAUGGGUGACGCUCAUGAAAAGGCUCCGCCCUUUGACAUGAUGGGGGCGCCCUCCUUUAUAAUUCUCACGAACAUGAUCACGCCCAAAGGAAAGGAUCCAACCUGUGCGCCUGGAUAUGAAUUGCGGAGCCCAUCGCCCUCGUGGCGAGCAUGAUCGCGCUCAAAAGGGUCGAGCUUCUACUGUGCAUGCAUGUGCCCAAGUGUGGCUUUCUCAUGGACUUGACGACGCUCCGGGGGCUCGUCCCUUUAAUUCUCACCAGCACACGACCACGCUCAAAAGGGUCCAACUUCUGCGCAUGCAGGUGCCCAGCUGUGGCCUCUUUAUGGGCCUCGUGACGGAUGCCCCGCAGGCUUUCCCUUAUGACGUGGAUACGCUCCCCCCAAUUCUUCCCAUGGACAUGGCCACCCUCAAAAUAAAGGGUCUGACUGCACCUGCGCGCGCAUAUGUCCAGGCGUGGCGUUCUCAUGGACCUCAUGACGCUCGGCAGGCUCACUCUACCCUUUGGUAUCAACGUGGGGCGGUCACGCUAGCGCGCUUUACUGCAGCUCGUGCGCUUUGGCGGCGGGGGACUUUCUUUCCAUAGUUGCAAUACGUUGCUUGCGUGCGCUCACUCUCUUUCCAUAGUUGCAGUAGUAUUUGCCGGCCUUUUUAUCUGCCCCCGCGGGCCCUUGAUAGAUGGGCCGCGUUUUGUGCGCGUGCUUAUACAAACAGCUAAGCAAAGUCUGGGAUCUCCUUAAGGGUGGGCCCUUAGGGAAGCCCCUUAAGAAAGUUCCCUAAUGGCGUGCCACCCUUACGGAGCUCCCUUAGGGGGGCCUCUCUUAUUAAAAGUGCAGACUAUAGCCCCCUCCUUAACGCCCCUCCCUUAAGGAAGCGGCGACCGUAGAAGCUGCAACAGCUGUGACAGAGUGAAGCAGCUGGCCAGCCGGUGGCGUCUAGGCUACUUAGGGAGCCGCCCAAGGCUUCUGAGCUAGCUGGCCAAGCAAGGCCCCUCUCACUCUGAGCCAACUGGCCAAGGCUUCUGAGCUAGCUGGCAAAGGUUUCUAAGCUCGCUGCUUGUAGCUUCAGUUGGCUGCCUGUAGCUUCUGUUGGUUCCGGCUAUUCUUGUUGGCCCAUGAGUUCCGGCGUUCAAGUGUUCGGGCGUUGUGUUUGUCAGUUGAUUAGUUAGAAAAGAGACGGGGGAGGCGUGCUUCGGGGGUCGCGUGUUUUUGGUUGAGGUGUUUUCGGUGCGGGUGUUUUUUGGUUCAGGCGUUUGCAAUUUGGAGACCGGCUGGGGGAUUUCCAUAGUUUUUUCUUAGCUUUGGGCUCAAUAUUAAGGCAGGCGAAGUGGAGAAUUCAUGGCCAUGGAGUCUUUUUAUCCGCGGUGAAUGAGUGUCAGUCACUGCUUUUUGUCAGCAUGCGCUUACCCCUUCGUGCGGCUGCCACUGAGCUUCGGAACGGGUAAUAAAGUGGCCCCUCUAUUCUAACGAUUCGCAAAGUAUUAUUUAUUUUGGUUAGCCGUUUGAUAAAAAUAAAGCAUUUCCCGCGCGCACACCUCCAGGCGAAAGCGUACUGCUGGGUAAAUAUGAUUAUGGGCUCUCGAGGUUUUUGACUGAUGCUCAAGUCUGGGGUUUUUCCCUGCUCACCGCAAAUGAGAAGAAGGACGUAGAGCGGGCUCGCAGAAAGUUGGACGCAGUGUGCAAGGGGGGUAGGCAAAAAUCCAUGACUAUAGACGGGCAGAGGCUGGAGGCGACGUCGGAAUGCCGCAUCGUACUUAGCCGUUCACUUUUUUUGCUUCUUUGUGGAAGUUUGUUGCCCGCGCCGUCAGUGUGGUGCAGGCUCGAUUCUUCUACGUAUUAUAGUAUUUCCACUUAUUUUUUCUGGCCGUUCGUUGAUUCUUUUCCGAGUCAGACGCAGGCUGCUUCUAGCUUCUUUGCUCUUGCUAUUCCAAACAAGCACCUUCAAUCGGCUGACGACAGUCGCUGAUCUGUAGAAGCGCACCACGCUCGUCACUUACUCACUUUGCAGGGAAAAGCCGACGACCCGGACCAGGACUUCCAGGUCAUUACGUACUUGUCUCGGCUUGAUUAUGUGGCUGACGAGUGGGUGACGCUAGAGUGUAUCCACGUUUUCCUACGCAAAGGCGAUUCAUUGCAGUUUAUGGCAUGGGCGACAGUACGGCCUGAGCUCACUAAUGAGCCCGAGCCGAGGAUAGUGGCAGAUUUUUCGCGGCUGGUGGCGAGGUAAUUUCCUUCAGCUAAUUCCCCUCUUCUCACUGAGGCUCUGCCCUGCAAAAGAAAGGUCAGAGGCGAAUAGGGUAGCCCCGUAGCCUUGUAUCGUGAAGCUACCGUGGCUAGGAAGUGCGGGCCUGCACGGGUGCAGGAAUAACAGUGGAGAGCUGAGAAUGUGACUACCAGCUUGGGUCGCAUUUUCGUCAACUAUGUAGUGGACGCCCCAGCCUGAUCAAACCCGCAGCCCGACAUCGUCCUGAUCAGAUUCUCCUAUUCUCUGGCAGGUAUGAGAUGCCGGCCCGGCUGCAGCAAUUGGCGUAAGAGCCGUGAAAGAGAAGUUCCGCGACCACAAUCCCCCAACCCUCCGUGGCUCUCUGGCGUCUUAUCUUUAGGGACGCUGAGCUCCGAGCGCGGGCCGGCGCGCACAUUUGCGCUGGGCCGCAAAGUGGAACGACGUAAGAGGCCAAAAUCUUGGGAGUGAUGCUGGCUUUUUUUACGUAAACUGAGCCAGGGCCCUUUCCCCGAGGGAGCCCGUGCCAGCUCGCACGGGUUGCCUCGCGCCGUGUGUUGAGAAAUGUAGUCUUAUUUAGGUAAGUAUGGCGCGGCAUCAGCUCAAAGCCCUUCCCAAAACUGUUGGCUUGGUCCCGUUGUAGGGUCUUGCCCCAUCCUCGCUGUGGCACCCUUCUGAACUCGCAGACACACAGUCUGGAGGCUUCUUUGGCAACAAAGGCCUUACGGCUCAAAGCCACACGUCAUGCCAUCGGGCCGCGAUGCGUGCUUUUGGAACCGGGCUGAAGCACGCGCCAAGGCGUCAGAGGAUACACAUUCACGGGGAGCGCCCCGGCUGAUCUGGCCUCGCAGUCUUCUCGGGCAGCUUUUCAUAAAGUUGAAGCCGAUUGGGCUUUAAAGUUCCACAGUCAGCUUGAUCCUCGAAAAUUUUCCGACCGAUGGGCGGGGCCGCGUCGAUUUGCAGGCGACAAGGCCGCGGGGGGUCCCUUGGCGGAUGCCAGGUCUCGGGGACCCGUUGUGCCCGGCCGUACUUGAAUUCUUGAACAUUGAAAGCCCAAAACGAAAGGCGCCUAGCCUUUCUUAUUGUUGGAGUUUGUUGUGUUUCUUUUCAGGGAGCUUCGUGUUCGUAUGCGCCUGCCGUGAAAAAGCGUCUCGCCGCUCAUCAGUGUGCCCCCGGCUGCCUUCCAGGGGUGCCCAUCUGCCUGCUUGCUGCCGUUCGGUGCACUCGCUGCCGGGCCUGGGUGGCUCGGGCGACCCGACUCUAGAUUUUUGGAAGCUCAUCGUCAAACCUCUGUUUUGAAGCUUGAAGCCCUGAGCACUGAAAGCCAAAUAAGGGGCUUGGGCUUUGCGCGCUUCGUUUCGACGAAGAGGCAUGCUGGCUGGCUCCUGUCCGUCGUGAACCGCUUGGUCGCUGUUGAGUCCGACUCGCAUUCAGGGUUCCUGCGCUUCGGUGUUCCUGCGUUCUUCAUGGGGUUUUGGGCCUCAUGGCAAUAGGGAGGGCCCUCUUUUUCUUUGUUGCUACGAAACGUCUCGCCGCUGUGUGGGGUGAGUGUGGUGGUGGUCUUGCUCGCAUGUAAAUGCACCAAAUUAUUACAGCGCGACGCCGUCUUCUGAUACAGCAAAGCGCGCCUACACUUAUAAUAUACGAUAGUGGUUUAAUGAAAUGACAUCGCCCAGCGGCAAGAGGUUGGCCCUUAUGCUGCUCUCUUUCAACCCAAAAAGCACCAGGGCUAGGAGGGGUAAGAGGGUAUUUUUUUUGAGCUAUGUAUCAAGGCAGAGACACUCAUCUGCAACAAAAGAAGACACACAGCAGCAGCUGCGCCUGCAGAAAUUAUUACUGUCUUGAUUCGAUCUUUUUCCAGAAAAGUAAAGCCGUUUCGCUUUCGCUAGUGCUACAACGAGCGACGACAAAUCAAUGAAAUAAUACAGCGGCCGACUGGAGGAAAGUCACAAUAUUUGGCAUAAGGCCACGGAAGGACAGCCACAUUGGGUCCAGUUCCACAAGAAACUUGUGCCCGAGAUGUUUUCCCCGCCGAUGGCUUUCUUGGAGGUGCAGUCGCCAGCACUGCGUGUCGCCGGAGCCUUUGUCCCGCUGCGUGGUCCUUCCUUUGCGCUACUGUCCGGAUUCGUGCUGCUUUUGGUCUGUUUGCUGUUCUCACGUCGCUUCCGCCGUUCGGUCACGCGCUUUUUUCGCAACUACGCAUCUUAAGGCUAAACUUUCACCAUCCUCCCGAUACCGAUACGUCAGCCCCCGCCUGAGUUCAAUCCGCAGACACUCAAGACAGAGAAGUAGACUCACUCUUGAGUUCAAGCGGAAUGCAGGAGUCAUAGCUAUCCAUAGUCAUUGAACCACUCAGGUAAAGAGGAUAUAAUCAAAAAGAAACCACCUCUAACCAGUGGCACAACCCACCAAAGGAGAACCAGCGCACCAGAACAUGAUUGUGGAUGCGAUCAACCCCGAAGGCUAUGGCGCGACGGGCUCGAUGAAACCCGUCGAGGCAAACGCAGAGGAUUCUUUAUGGCUCUAGUCUAUUAUUUUACUAGGCAGACACCCAUCUUGAGUGAAAUAACCGCAGCAGGAGCAGCAGAAUUACCUCAUACCGUCACUCACUUUCUUACGUGUAAUUUACCAUGUUUGAUGUAGUGUCUCCAUUUAUAAUCACCACGACAACAGUCAUAGUGCAGCUAAAUGCAGAGUCAUAAAUUUAUGUAAUUACAACUUGGUGAAAAGAUACUAGAUAAGAAGUAGCUGGCUCUAACAAGUCUCGCGACUACAUCUUUGGAUGCCGGAGCGUUGAUGCCAGAUGAGGAGGCGACUUGGGAAAUCCAAGAGGUGUAAUGGCUCACUUACAACAUAAUAAAGUAGAUAGUACUAGAGGAGGCGUUGAUAAGCAUAAGUGAGCAGGCUUAUUGACGUAAUGGUGACUAUGUGUUGGCACACAUAGAGAUAGAAGAAAUAGGUCUAAAGGAUGAGAUAUGCUUAAAUAUACGGUGGAAAUGUGAUUUGUAGAACCAACUAAGACUCCCCAAGGGGAAACUACCAAUGAACAACACCCCUCGAGCAGGCAAGUGAAUGAAUGAAGUGAGUAGAUAAUUACUCAAAACUACAGUAAGAACACUAGCUUGACGUGAUUAGAUAAGUAUUAUCCGAACAUGAAAUACAGCGUGACUAUAGGGGAAUAGCCCCGUCCGUCGCCGGCAGCUUCGCGGAUAAACAUGCAAGCUCUUCCCUUUCGGAUAAGCAUGGCACUACAAAAAAAAAAGGCUAGCAGACUGAAUUGAAUUGAAAAGCCUUAAAAAGCUGCGGUCUCAACAACGUCGAGAAUGGUUAGUCGUAUUAGAAUAAACUUCGGGAUGUCGACUGUGGCUUUGCUCCAGCACGAGAGGACGAGUUUGGGGAUUGCUAACUAAACCCACAUCAAACAAAGUCUAACAAGAUACAUCAAAGUAGGGGUAGCGCUGUCUAACAAGAUGUGAUGGUGGAUUCGAAGCAGUAUGUGGUUAGAAAUAGCACAUGGUUGUUAUUUAAUCAGAGACUGAAGAUGAACCGCUUACUUUUAAAUAAAGUGUUCCGGUUGGACUUGGACGACAAAUCUGCCACUGACAUCUUCAGACGUGACGAAUUGAUACGAGACGUCCGAAACCUAUCAAAUAGUUCCAAAAAUCGACUGGUGGUUCUUGUAGUAUUAUUUCGCUCUACAAAAACAUUUAUUUUUACACUGUUACAUUCAUAUGUGGAAAAAGCUGUCAAUAAAGAACAUUGUUAACCCACAACCUGCACAGCGUGUAUGAUAGAACUAUAAUGUUGGAAAAUGAAAACUGAAAAUAUCUGUAGAAGUUGGAAUAUGAAACUUGUUAGGGAUCGUAAAGAUGAAAAUGAACAAUCUUGAUAAGAAAUUAUAAUUAAGCCUUGUUAGGUUGAGGCCCACGUCUGCUUCAACGAUGAAAGAGCUACUAUGUUGAUAUGUAAGCCGAAAAGCCUACGCUGUAAGUAUGAUGCAAAAUAUUUAGACAAAAAGUGGGAUUGUACCAGUAUGAUCAUACUGACCACUCGGGAAAAAUAUAACUACAUCAAGAAAGCACUUACUACACGUUUCCUUGAUCCUUGAGGAAGUAGGAGCUGCCUCUUCACAUCGAGGAGCUGCGUCGUGUGUAUAGAAGUACUCGAAUCAUUGGUAGGUGUUUAGGCGACAUAAAAUAUUUUGCGUAUGUGACAAAGUAAGCGCCAAAGCGUUGGGUUGUAUAGUUGCAAAGUUGAGAAGCAAAAGCUGCCAGGCCCUCGAGGGAAUUGGAUAGCUACGUCUCGCCUAUCAUCUAAGAGUACCCUAGAAAAAAAAAGUGGGCUGCUGAGUAAGUAUGUAAGAACGUCUUCUGGCGCACGGGCUUGUAACCUUGUGGCCUUCGAUCUACUUUCUUUCCGGCAGUUGAAAGGCGAACGCGCUUGCAAGGGGUUAACCCAAAAAAAGUCGGAAUUACUCAGAUAAAUCGUAGCUCCUAGUCGUCCUGCUGGGCGUAGUUAAAGUGGAAAAAUGCAUGGACGCGGUUGUACUUGUCAUAUCUUGUGUGUGAUAGAUUUUUAUUUUAACAGAAUAGAAAAAUAUACUGCAGCUGCUAGAU